CCCAUAUUCCCCGUUUGGUUUGGGGGAAAAAAAUCGGAGAAUUGGAUUGUGUCCGCCAUCUUGUUACCGGGCACCGGAGGGCGGAGCGGGACCGCGCAGGACGGCAGGAUAAAAGAGCCGGGAUGGCCGCCGCUGCUCACCAAGAGAUGGUGUCCGAUGUCCCACCUCUUGGAGCGGCCUCAGGAAAUCCAGGUUCUAGCACACAGGCUGGAGGGUCCAUGGGGCAGAGAGCAAAUAAGCGGCGCACUGGGUUGGAUUUUGAUGACGACGACGACGAUUCCAGCAAUAAAUUCCUCAGGUGUGAUGAUGACCAGCUUCCCAACGACAAGGAGAGGUUUGCAAGGGAGAAUCACAGCGAGAUCGAGCGAAGGAGGA